AUGGAGGUGGAGACCGUGGCCGACGAGAUGGACGCAGAGGCGCCCAAGUACAGCUUCGACAGCCUGUGCGCCUUCCCGGAGGACGCCCGCGCCUGGGACGCGCUCUUGCGCGAGGCCAAGCCGGACACCGGGCCGUUCGCCAAGUUCUGGGCUCUGCUGCUGGCAUCGGAUGUGGCCGACGGCGCUCGGCUUUGCAACUUUGGGGCCUGCGAUGCGCUGGGCCGGCCGGCGUGCGGCCCCCGCCUGUUCCUGCGCGAGUGCUUCGCCCGGCUGUGGAACGCGAUCCGGACCGUCCAGAGGCCGUUCUGCCGGGUGGCCGUGGCGGGCGGGCCCGGCGUGGGAAAGACGAUGUUCAUGGCGUACUGCCUGCUGCGGCUCUCCAAGGCCGACCCCGCCCCGCUGAUCGCCCUCGACCUGGGGCACGGCAAGGCGAUGCGCUUCAUCCGCGGUCCCGACGUACGCCGCGUCUCUGACCCGGACGCGAUCGAGGAGCUGCUGGAGUGCCGCAGCUGCGUGUACCUGUCCGACGGCGUGCCGCCCCGCGACUGCUGCGGCCGGGCGAUCUACUUCGCCGCGGACGGGCGCGCCGCGCCGGCGGCCUUCCACGGCCUGCUGUGCCGGCGGCUCUUCCUGCCCCCCUGGACGCUGGACGAGAUGCAGAUCUGCGGCAUCCUGUGCCAUCCCGACGUGCCGGAGUCGGAGAUUCGCCGAUGCUUCGCGCUGUUCGGCGGGAGGGCGGGAGUCGUCUUCCCCCAUGCCCGCAGAGCCGAGGCCCUGAUCGAGACCAGGAGGGCGAUCCGAUCUUCGGAUGUCGAAGGGGUCCUUGAGGCGGCGGAGGAGUGGUGCGUCGGGGGCGGGCUGGGCCAGGGGGACCGGGUGCUGGUGUCCGUGCCCGGGCCCGACUUCGGGAGCGUGAGCUGCGGCUUCCACAGCCAGUACGUGGCGGACGAGUGGGUGAGGGCCGCGGCCAGGGAUCGGGCGGCGGGGCUGUGGGGCGCGGUGGCGGGCGGCCGCGGGGAGGCCUGCGGCGGCGUGGUGGAGAGCGCGUGGGAGGCGGCCGCCCACAACCUGCUGCCCGGGCGCAGGUGGGUGGCGCGGGGGCUGGCCAGCGGCGGGGAGGUGGUGCUGAACAUGCUGGGCGUGUCCAUGGAGUGGACCCCAGGGAACUGCUGGCCCAUGGUGGACGUGGAGGAGCGGCGGUACUACCGGCCGGACUGCAAGGCCUUGUUCAGCGUGGACGCUCUGUACGUGGUGCCGCCGCAGGUGCACGUGUUCAAGAUGACGGCGGGGCGGGAGAUCGACGUCAACGCGGCAGGCAUCAUCAAGGUUGUGGACCACGUGAAGGAGCGCCUCCCUCACCACCUGGGCUGGGCAGUCAACCUGCAUUUCGUGGCCCCGGAGGGCUGCGGCCUGGGCGCUCCGCAGCGGUACAUCACGCGCAGCGGCAAGAACUACGACGUCAAGAAUACCAUGCUGGAGAAGGUGAACCAGUACGUGCUGGAGGUGGGCCAGGCGGACUUCGAGAGGCACCUGUCUCAGGGGGGCAGCGGCGAGGCCGGCAGGCACUGGGCCCUGAAAUGA